AAUGAAGAAAUAAGUGAAUUAAAAUGGCAUUAAAUCAAGGUAAUAAAAAAUAAGAAAAAGAGAAAGAAAAAAAAAACAAUUAACUGAAAAAUAAUCGUAUUCAACUUCUUGCAGCCAGAAUGUCACCACCAUCAAACAUGGAACCGCCAUCUCGACAGCGGCCCCACCGUUUGUUUUCCCCAGACCGACGGGCGACGGCGCUAAAAAUGACGAUGGGGGGCCGCCAACGGUCCGCCACCAUAGUCUCCCCACCACCCUUCCCUUCACCUUUCUUCACCUCCUCCCCCCAUGUUACGCCUGUUACGGACUCACUCACACCUCACCUCCCUCACACACUCACUCACUCACUCAAUCACUCACACACACACACCCCCUCAACUUGCCGACGACCCAGCUCAACUCCCGUCCCUACACCGCCCGGAAGGGCUGACUUGGACUUGCAUAAACGCCAUGGUCACCGGGUCCCCUUCUCGCUGAUGCGCUGGCAGUCCUAUCUCUCUCUAUCUCUCUCUCUCUUUCCCUCUUUCUCCCUCUCUAUCCCUAUCUCCCUUACCUCCUCCCGCAGCGUCGCAGUCACCCUUGGGCCCCGAGAAUAGUGCCCCCCUUUCAGAAUAUUCGUCAUCGAAACGUGCCCCGGGGCUAGGGAGCAAUCACCUCAACACCACCCGCGCCAAGGCACCAUCAACCUUCCAAGCUCGAGGGCAUCGGCUGAUGAGCCGCAAACAGCAGUCUCUCUAUCUCUCUCUUUCCCUUUUGCUGCCCAAGGGCCUCCAGGUGCCGUGUCGGCCAUCGAGAUGAGCGAACAGCUGUCACCGGCACCACGCAACCUUCAUCCCUCCCAUCCCGACUCGACGAUGCGCGAGGAGGAUAUCAACUGACGGGCGGUGGCGGGUG